GCUUAUCACUCCCCAAAUCUCCUGCGCUCACCGGCGAACAGGACACUCCCGCAACCAAUGGACUGAAACUCCCAGAGCGCGAGAUCAACAGUAUCAGCGGCGAAGCCACACGAGGAAGCGAGUUCCCGCACGACGCAAUUCACCCCGGUCGCUCAGCAGUUCUGCAGCUAUGCUCCAGAGAAACGAGGUGGUGCUCUCCGUUCUGGGGCAGCUCCAGGAGGCCACGGAGAGCUCCGGCCUGGACGCUCUGACCCAGGUGGCGGCGGAGGUGGACCAGGUCCUCGCUCCCUUCCCUCUUCCCACGGCGCCGUGUCAGAACUUCCUGGAGUGGGCGGGCGUUGACGACGCGGCUCACGGCCUGUACCCGGCCGACGCGCCCGGAGACCUCCUGCCCCUCAACUGUAAGGGAGAGGGCAACCAGCUGUUCGAUGCCGUGAGCCUGCUGUUGGUGGGCAACACCGGACUGAGCUUGGAACUACAGGUUCGGACCGUGGUGGAAAUGGUGCUGUGGAAGCGCUACUACCUGUCCGGCAUGAUCGAUUCGAAAAUGAUGCUCCAGGCUGUUCGCUUCAGUCUCAGUGCGGAGGAGUCCGAGGACAUGCUCAACCUGCCCGCCGCAGUCCUGCAGGCCAUCUUUGAUGCGGACGUCAAAGCCUCCUGCUUCCCCGGCUCCUAUGCCAACAUGUGGCACGUGUACGCCCUGGCGUCGGUCCUCCAGUCCAACAUCUACUCCAUCUACCCCAUGUUCAACCUCAAGAUCAGGCCCUACUUCAACCGAGUCAUACGCCCCAGGACCUGGCCCAAAGAGUCGGAGCCGGUCACUCUCCACAUCAUGUGGUCGGGCGAGCUGCAGUCGGAGUCUUUGUUCAGGCCCAAUUAUUUUGUGGCUCUAGUCCAGACGAGUGGUCUCACCUUUGGGAGUCCAGAGGGGGACAAGGCGUUGCCGAUCAAGAGCGAGGAGCUCCUGAGCCGGGAUUCGCACCUGUCUUACUCAAACCUGAAGGACAAGUACAACAUCACCAAAAGGACCUUCUACCGCUGGAAGAAGCAGACGCAGGAGCACUGCAAAAAGUCUGCAGCCCGCUAUGAGGCAAAGUAUUUCCUGCAGUCCUGCUACCUGGAUGGGAGGCUCAUCCCUCUGCACCAGUUCAAGAAGUUCUUCCCCGAGAUAUCGAGGUCGUCCUACUACAACUGGAAGCACGAGCUUCUGAAGUCUGGAGGGAACUUCUCCACAUCAUCGUCCGCCGGGGAGAUUAGCCCCGGGGAGAGCACGGAGCAGGAGGCCUGGUCUUCACCCGACGCAACUCAAGACGAGGUGGAGCCGCACGACAGCGUGGCCCGGAUGUUCGGCCUCAGCCUCGGCAAGCUGGAACUGGAGCGGGCCCAGAACGUCGCGCACAUGCAGGAGGCGAAGCGCUCGCUGCAGAGCUGCAUCGCCAUGAACACCUCCCUGCCCUUCAAGAUCUUCAAAAGGAACUUUCCGGGCAUCUCCCGAUCGACCUACUACAACUGGAGGAGAGAGGCCCUGUUGUUCAACGGAGGCUACAAGGGCGGCGUCGGCAGCAGCGAGGACGGCUCCGAUGCCGACAAGAGCCAGAGUCCGCACAGCCUGUCGCCGGUGCCGCCCAAUGGGAACCAGCCCGUCGUGGCCCGAACGAGGAUCUGCAGGAGAAGCCACAAGAGCUUCAAGCUCGCGCACAUGAAUAACAAACGGCUGCGAGAGGCCGCGAAGCUGCACGUCCAGAAGUCCAAGUGGCCCCUGAUAAAGUUCAAGCUCAAGUUCCCGUCCGUGUCGACUUGUUUCUACUGGCUGUGGCGCGGCAAGCCGGGCGCCAGGAAGAAGGCGGCGGCCGUCCAGCGGAGCACGCAGCAGCGCGUGGAGGGCACCGGGUCGGGCCCGCUGGAGCCCAGGGUGGGGGUCCAGCACGCGGUGCCGUUCUAUGAGGGCGCGAGGUACACGGGGACCCCCGCCGUGUCCUCGGCCGACGGCCCGCACCCUAAGCACGCCUUCCACGCCAGGGCGCCCGCGGACCCGCAGAUGUUCGGGCUGGAUGUGGUGGCGCUGGCCAACUUCAAGGCCAAGGCCAAGCUGUUCCUGCAGCAGCGCUUUGAGGAGAAAUCCUUCCCCACGUUUAAGGAGUUCCGGUCCUACUUCCCCUUGACGCCGCGCUCCACCUACUACAUGUGGAAGCGAGCCUUGCACCACGGCGUGUCACUCAUUCACGGGUGAUUCAUGAGCUUUGUAAUUUUUUUUUUUAUUUUAUUUUUUUUUUUGAUUGACUGAACUCUUUAAGCGUUUUGUUGCUAACACGCCGCUUACGUUCUUGGGUACUGCUAAACACGCCGGCUCAGCAUUCAAAUGCGUUGCGCCUCUCCGCUCCCCCGCCACCGCAGCUCAUUCCUCCCUCCUGGACAUUUGCACGUGUGUGAAAAGAAACCGAGUCGUGGGUCUGUUUAAACCCUGCAUGUUGUCCUCCAGGCAAAAGGCAGUUCAAAGCAGUUGUUUUGUGGCAUUUUGUUUGAAGCUCUAUCUCUUUUAAUCCCCUCUUUGCAUUGUACUUGGGGCCCUUAUCUUUUAGUUUAUAUACUUUAUGAUGGCUGAUGCCUAAACGUCUAUUUCUUUAUUGUUACCGUUUUUUUGAUGAUUUUUUCAUUGACAGUAUUAGUUUUCUGACAAACCUUCAGACAUCCAGUUGUCUUUUAUCAAUGUUUGUCCUUUUUGAUAUUGAAUGUACAAACCUCAGGGAUUUACUUGGUGCACAAAGGGUUCUUUUAAUAACAUGCCCCCUUUUUGAAAUCGAUUGUUGUCAAACUGAAUUUGCACUGAAAUCUCCCUUUCAAACUGAUGGAUGUAUUGUCUUGUACAUAUGGUCAAAGAUCUUUUUUCUUUUUUUUUGACGUCUGUACUUUUUGAGCAGAUUUUUUGGUGCAUUCCUUUUCAAUACUACCUAUUUCUGUGAAAUAUCAGAAUUUUUGCCUCCUAUAAGCUAGUUUUUGUUGUUAUCUUUUGCAGUACUGUCGUACACUUGACUAACAGACUCAGUUCUGAUACUCAACGUAUUUAUAUUGGUUACAUGUCUGGGAUUUGCAAUUGCUGACACUGCUGCCAUAUUAGACAAAUGUACCGACCGGUUUGUCUAUCAAUAAACAAUUGACCAGCAUCAAC